AAUUUCAGUUCAUUGUUUUUGAGGGUUUGAGUGCCAGACAACAAAGGAUCUGCAUUUACGAGGAUUUCCCCACACAAAUAUAUACGCAUAUAGAGAUAUACUAUAUACAGUAGAAGCCGACUUGAGAAGCGGGGUCAAACAACGUUAACCAGACGGUCAAGUGAAAGUUUUGUGAACUUGUCGCCUUUCAACAGCUCAAGCGACCAGACGCAGGCACGCCAAGAGCUCCAUCAACAUCAGCAGCAUGAACAAACGGAAUUUUAUUCGUCUGCCGCCAGAAGUGAAUCGUUUGCUUUAUGUGAGAAAUUUACCAUAUAAGAUCACAUCCGAUGAGAUGUACGAUAUAUUUGGUAAAUUCGGAGCCAUACGACAGAUACGCGUGGGAAACACACCGGAAACGCGAGGCACGGCCUUUGUUGUCUACGAGGAUAUAUUCGAUGCCAAAAAUGCCUGCGAUCAUUUAUCUGGCUUCAAUGUGUGCAAUCGUUAUCUGGUUGUACUCUAUUAUCAAUCGAAUAAGGCCUUCAAGCGUGUAGACAUGGACAAGAAACAGGAGGAGCUCAACAACAUAAAGGCCAAAUAUAAUCUAAAGACGCCAGAGGCUCCCUAGGAGGGCGCCGUCUACUCCUCCUCCGCCUCCUUUUUUUGGGUCGGGGCAAUCGUAUCAUCCAACCAACUGCAACUA